AUGGCACUGUCACGUGUCAAGGAAUAUAUAUCCCAUCCCUACGAGCAUCCAGGAGAGAGGAAGUUAGUACAGAAAUUAGACUUCUUCAUUUUGACGUUUUGUUGUCUAUCAUAUUUCACGAAUUAUUUAGAUCGAUCCAAUUUGGCAAAUGCGUAUGUUAGUGGGAUGAAGGAGGAAUUGAAAUUCGUGGGGAAUCAAUAUAAUCUUAUUAAUACUGUUUUUACUGUUGGAUAUAUCAUCGGACAAAUCCCUAGUAAUUUGGCACUUUACUACAUCAAACCUCGCAUCUUCUUCCCUUCAAUGAUGGUUUUGUGGGGCUGCCUCACUAUGAUCACUGCAGCUGCUCACCAUCCUCGAGAUAUAAUGGCCAUUCGUUUCUUUCAAGGUCUCGCUGAAAGCACCACAUUUGUUGGUACACAUUACAUCCUUGGAUCAUGGUACACUCCUCGCGAACUUGGAAAACGCAGUGGCAUAUUCACUUCUUCCGGCCUUGCUGGUACUAUGUUUGGAGGCUUCAUUCAAACUGGUAUUCACUCAUCCUUGAAUGGUGUAAAGGGAAUGAGUGGCUGGCGCUGGCUUUUCAUCAUUGACGGACUUAUCACUCUUCCCAUUGCCCUCUAUGGCUUUUUCUUAUUUCCAGAUACACCUACCACCACCUCGGCAUUUUAUCUCACACCCAUCGAGCGUGAUCUUGCCAUAGCACGUGUUCCGGAAGUACCUGAACAUAGUCUCUUCAAGUUCUCAUUCUUGAAGACAGUCCUCACAUCAUGGUACUGGUAUGGUUUCGUAAUUCUAUGGGUCAUUGCUGGAGAAACCGAAUCAUUCUCCUCAAAUUCUUUACUUUCAUUAUACAUGAAAUCCACCAACAAAUAUACCGUAUCUCAACUCAACAACUAUCCUACCGGCGUUCCUGCUGUCGGUAUUAUAUCUACUCUUUUCUGGGCGACCCUCACCGAUUUCCUCAACGGCAAACGUUACCUCGUAGCAUAUUUCAUUGCCAUAACCGGAAUGGCAACAUCCGCUAUGAUUCUCACGACUUCUAAUGUCCCAACAAUAUUUGCAGCAUAUUACUGGGCCGGCGCUGUAUAUGCUUGUCAAGCCACUUUCUUUGCAUGGGCCAAUGAAGCUAUGAGGUUUGAAAAUGAUGCAUUGAGGGCAAUAGUAAUAGCGAGUAUGAACUGUGGUAGUAAUGCCGUGAAUGCUUGGUGGAGUUUAUUAUUUUACGGUGCAGACGAGGCACCUAGGUUUACGAAGGGUAUGUGGGCUAUGAUUGGAACAUGUAUCGCUAUGGCCAUUUGGACAACCAUUUUAUUGUUAGGCCUUAAGCGAGCAGAAAGGAAAAGAGACGCUGGUGCUGUGGUAGGAAGAAACCAUUUUGGAAGUGGUGAUUUGGAGGUGAUUGCGAAUGCUGGAGCGCAUUGUGAUAGUAAGGCAUAA